GGGAGCAAUGCUUGAAGACGCUUAGGGCGUCUGUCCUUCCCUUCCCGCCGCGCUAUGGACUCCUUCUAUUCGCUUCGUUGCUGAGCGGCCAUUGCCAUCUAUCCUUGCCUCCCAUCAUCCAUCUCCUAACAGUCACCUUCUCCUCCACUCCUCUCCAUCACACGGCAUAAGCAACAGAGACCAGCGUGGGGGGAUCAAGAUGGGCGGUUCGCGGCUGCAGUCCAACAAGCCCCACAAGUCCCGCUUUGCUUCCAAGUCCUCCCGCCACCUCCAUAAGACUUCUAAUUCUGAUAAGAAGAGGGCGGCGAAACCCGAUAUCCAUAAUGCUUCCAAGGGUGCUCGUGCCGCUCGGCUUCAAAGGAACAAGAUGGUGCGUGAUAAUAAGCGCGCUGAAAUUCUCAAAGAGAAGCGAGCGCUAAGUGCAUCCAAUAGCCCACCUCGCGUUAUUGUGUUGUUUGGCCUCUCUGCAUCAGCAAACCUGAAAAUGCUCGCGGAAAAUCUUCGAAAGAUACUCUCCUCCUAUUCGAAUGAUGACAUGUGCGUGGAAGACAUAAAAGUCGAUGAGAAACAAGAAACAAAUAUUAACACUUUUUCCUCUCCCACAUAUAAAUUGAAAUUAACGGUUAUGGUGGCUCCUCAUGGGGAUCUGAUGUCGUGCCUAGAAAUGGCAAAGGUUGCUGAUCUGAUUGCUUUUGUAGCAUCUGCCAAUACUUCCAGUGAAGAAGAGUUGUGCCAUCCAUUUAUUGAUUCUUUUAGUAACCAAUGCCUUUCUAUGUUUAGAGCACUUGGUUUACCCAGUACAGUUGUUCUGAUUACUGAUCUACCCGCUGACCUUAAAAAAAGGCAAGAAGCAAGGAAAAUUUGCACAGCAAGUCUUUCUUCUGAAUUUCCUGAAGGCUGCAAAUUUUUUGCAGCAGAGACAAAGGAGGAGCUGCAUAAGUUUUUGUGGCUUUUUAAAGAACAUCGUCAAACAGUGCCUCAUUGGCGAAGUCUUCGUUCUUAUCUUAUGGCUCAUGAGGUUACUUCUGUCAAUGGCGACUCUGAUUCUUUGCAUAAUACUCUUCGUUUGUCUGGCUAUGUGAGAGCACAAAAUCUUUCUAUAAAUCAGCUGGUUCAUGUUUCAGGGGCAGGGGAUUUCCAGAUAUGCCAAAUUGAUGUCCUUGAGGAUCCCUUCAUCCUGAAGGAAAGGAAGCAACAUACUGACUCUAUGGAGUUUGACACUGGCUCCACAGAUAGCCCAAAGGUUAUAAGGUCCCUUUUCCCUGAUGCUUCAAAGCAAGAACCUUUAGUCAUUGAAAAUGUUCCAGAUCCUCUUGCUGGGGAGCAGACUUGGCCAACAGAAGCAGAAAUGGCAGAAGCUGAUAAAAUUAGUAAGGAGAAAAGAUUGAAAAAGAAUCUUCCCAAAGGCACCUCAGACUAUCAGGCAGCUUGGAUUUUGGAUGAGACAGAUGAUGAAGAUAAAUAUAGUGACGAGGAGGAAGAUAAUGGAAUGGUUUUGGAUGAAGAGCAAAAUGGCGAUGCUGGGGAAGGGAACCAUUGUUCUUCUCUUGUUGCCUGGGACGAUGAUCAAGUUUCUGUUUCAUUUACCGUGAAAACCAUGGAUGAGAAGACUGAGGCUGAUAUUUCUAUGGCUGAUGAGGAGAACUUAACGAAGGAGGAGAUAGAAAAGGAAAUUCAAAAGCUGAAAGAUGCACAUGCUGAAGAUGAAGAAUUUCCAGAUGAAGUAGACACACCAUUGGAUAUUGCAGCCAGGAAGCGUUUUGCAAAAUAUAGAGGUCUCAAGUCCUUCCGUAGUUCUUCAUGGGAUCCGAAAGAAUCUCUGCCACCUGAUUAUGCAAGAAUUUUUGCUUUUGAUAAAUUUUCAAGGACACAAAAGCAUGUGCUUGCAAAAGCUCGUCGUAUUGAUGAAGGAUGUCAGAAUGAAUAUGUCUCCAUUGGUUCAUAUGUCUGUGUACAUAUCAAGCAUGUGCCAGUCUCUGUUUCGACCCGACUUUGUAGCAUAUCUAAAGUGUUACCUGUGGUGGUCUGUGGUCUUUUCCAGCAUGAAUCGAAGAUGUCUGUUUUGCACUUCAGUGUGCAGAAGCAUGAAUCAUAUGAUCAUCCCAUCAAGAGCAAAGAGCCGAUGACCUUUCAUGUUGGUUUCCGCCAAUUCAAUGCAAGACCUAUAUUUUCUUCUGAUGAUUUAAACGUAGACAAACAUAAGAUGGAGAGGUUUCUGCAUCCAGGACGAUUUUCUAUAGCUUCAGUUUAUGCUCCCAUUUCUUUUCCCCCUCUGCCUGUGAUAAUGUUCAAGAGCACGGCUGGGGAGGCAAGUGGCUUAGUUUUUGCUGGAUCUGGUUCAUUGAGGAGUGUUAACCCAGAUAGGACCAUUCUGAAGAAGAUAAUCUUGACUGGUUAUCCUCAAAGAGUGUCCAAGUCCAAGGCAACAGUACGAUUUAUGUUUCAUAAUCCGGAAGACGUAAGAUGGUUCAAGCCGGUGGACCUUUGGACGAAAUGUGGCCGUCGUGGUCGCAUCAAGGAACCUGUUGGUACACAUGGGUCCAUGAAAUGCAUCUUUGAUGGGGUUGUGCAACAGCACGAUACAGUAUGCAUGAACUUGUACAAGCGUGUAUACCCCAAGUGGCCAGAACGGAUAUAUGCAUGAUGAACGUAGGUUUAUCGUGCAAGUGCCUCGGCAUAAUGUCGUUGAGGCAUCGCUUUCUUUUGGGAGUGAAGCUGUGGUUCAGAAGGAAGUGGCGAGUUGGUUUAUGAGCUUCGCCACUGCAAGCCGAUUUUUUCUUUUGUAAAGGAACACUUGGAUGAGCUACUGUUGAUCUUCACAAGGUCCUGCGGAGAAAGUUUUGUUUUAUAUUUUUUGACAAAUGUACGCCAGGAUGGCUGUAAGGAAGGUUGUCUGCUUUCACGGCACUUGGAAAAAAUCAGUAUAUAAUUUAUAGAUAUAUUUGUGCAUUUGUUUUUUUUA